GGCUCUGCGGCGGCUUCUUCUGUCCGUGCUGAAGCCACGGAACUGCGUCCCGCGUGCUGGGCCUGCAGCCGCAUUCGGUGCAGACAAGCAUUCCUGCUAAGAAUGCUCCUCCGGCCGGCUAGAGAACAUGAGAGGCCAUACUCCUAAAGGACUGCCUGGGGACCCCCGAGACCACCUCACCCUUAGGAGCACCGCCGAUGCCGCUGAAGGUCAGCACGUCAGUAACCUCUGCCAAAGUGGCUGUGAAUGGUGUCAACUUACAUUAUCAGCGGACUGGAGAGGGAGAGCAUGCCGUCCUGCUGCUUCCUGGAAUGUUGGGAAAUGGAGAGACUGAUUUUGGACCUCAGAUUAAGAACCUCAGUAAGAAGCUCUUCACAGUGGUUGCCUGGGAUCCUCGAGGAUAUGGACAUUCCAGACCCCCAGAUCGAGAUUUCCCACUGGACUUUUUUGAAAGGGAUGCAAAAGAUGCGGUUGAUUUGAUGAAGACCCUGAAGUUUAAGAAGGCAUCCCUGUUGGGGUGGAGCGAUGGUGGUAUUACAGCACUCAUAGCAGCUGCAAAAUACCCGUCUUACGUCAACAAGUUGGUGAUCUGGGGAGCCAAUGCCUACGUGACAGAGGAAGAUGAAACCAUUUAUCAGGGUAUCAGAGAUGUUUCUAAAUGGAGUGAGAGAACAAGAAAACCUCUAGAAACCUUACAUGGGUAUGACUACUUUGCCAAAACCUGUGAGAAGUGGGUGGAUGGUAUAAUACAAUUUCAACAUCUUCCAGAUGGGAACAUCUGCCGGCACUUGCUGCCGCUGGUUCAGUGCCCCACCUUAAUUGUGCACGGGGAAAAGGAUCCUCUGGUCCCACGUUUCCAUGCCGACUUCAUACACACACACGUGAGAGGGUCACGAUUGCAUCUGAUGCCAGAAGGCAAACACAACCUGCAUCUACGUUUUGCAAAUGAAUUCAAUAAGUUAGUAGAAGACUUCUUACAAUAAAAAUGCCCAUGAGAACUGCUGAGAGCUGGGCAUUCCUUAGUGUGGGGCUUCAGUGAAACACACCCCCGUCACAACUCACCUCACCUGCCUCCUCGCUUUCUACUUCCUGCCAGGUGCUCCCAGACGUAUAAAUAAUGACCUAUUAAAACGUCUUCUGGGGCACCUGGGUGGCUCAAGGGGUUAAAGCUCUGACUCUGGAUUUCAGCUCAGGUCAUGAUCUCAUAGUUCAUGAGUUCAAGCCCUGCAUCCUGCUCUGUGCUUGACAGCACAGCAUCUGCUUGGAAUAUCCUGCCCUACCUCCCCUCAUACUCCCAUGAAAUAUAUAAAUAAAUAAAUAAAUAAAUAAAUAAAUAAAUAAAUAAAUACAAACUUGAAGUUUUGUAGCUGUAAGGGCUACAAAAAUUAGAUAUGAUUUUUUUAACAUUAAGCUAUGAAUUCUACUAUUAGCUUAAAAAAUAAAUUCUGAUUGUGAUUUA